AUUCACAACGGUGACUAGUUUCUUUGUGGUUUUGUUAAAGUACAUAUAAGAGCAUCCAAUAAAGGAUCAUAACAGUUUUUGAUACUGAUAGAACUUCACAGACACUACCGCCAUUUCCCAACACACAUAUAAUAUAUCCCUUGUAAUAUAUCAAUGUCCACACGAAAGUAUAAGAAUCAGCUGAAGAGGCCCACCGGCAAUGGCAAUGCUGCCAGCAGCAAUUCUCUCGAAUUAAAUAACUUAAGUGAGAUGUUCCCCGAUUGGAGCAAAGAAGACUUAUCCAGUUUGUUAUCAGAAAACAAUAAUGACUUUGAAAAAGUGAUCGAUUUGAUUGUCAGCGGGAAAGUAUCUAAAUGGGAACCCAUCAAGAAAGAACCCAAAAAGAAGAAGGAAGUGGAGGAGUCCAACAUAACGACCAACUUUGGGAAUACCGCCAAGUCUGUGCCUUCCAAAUCUCACAUACCAAAGACUGCAAGAGGAGCUGUUACCCCAGCUGCUAAAAAGCCUGUGACCAAGAAACCAGUUGCUAAAAGAGACGUUAAGAAAAUAGACACCAGCGACGCCAACGGGUCGGCUUCUGCCUCUGCCACUGCUGCCGCCGUCGCGGCUGCCGUACCAGAUGUCAAGUCUUCGUGGGCUGCUGCUUUGUCGGGAGACAAUAAACCUGUUGCAAAGAAAGGAGAGCCUAUUGCUGAACCAGAACCUGCUCCUGAAGCCGUGGUAGCGGCUGAAGCUGCCGUAGAGGUGGCUGAACCCGAGCCAAAGAAAACGGAUAAAGGAAAACCAGCUAAAGAAGCUCCCAAACCACAAGCAUCUUCAUGGGCAUCCAUGGUGGCACCAAAGCCAAAACCAAAGCCUCAACCCAAGAAAGCUUCUCAGCCAAAGACCAAGACCACCAAUACUGGCCUAGAAGAACAAUCACCGGUCGUGGAACAAUCGGUACAAACGGAGUUGGACAUUCCAAUCGAAGAAAUCAAGGAAUUACUUCCAAAGGUUCCUGAAGUAAAGGACGAACCCAGUGUGAUUUUACCAAACAGCGUGAACAAUGUCAACGUGAGCUUCGGGUCCUUGGCUUUAGACGAGAAGAAGGAAGAGCCAGUGGCCCCUGUUGAACAAGUGGAGGCUGUUGCUCAACCACCAACGCAACCUCAGAGUGCCCCAGCUGCCCAGACGGCCCAACCACCCCAACCCCAAACGGAAGAAGAACGUUGUAACCAAUACUACUACAACCAAAACCAAAAGAGUCAAUACGACUACUACAGCCAAUACCCCAACCAGCAAACCCAACAGUUUCAACAAACUCAGCAGGUUCCUGGCCAAUAUGGUGGCUACCCAGUUGACUACUCCAACUAUAACGUGCAGAUGUUAGCUGCUCAGCAGAUGGCUGCUUUGCAAAUGCAAAACCAACCUCAAGGACAAACCAGUGGCCAAGACGUCAACCAACAGUCCCCAGCCGCGUUGACUCAACAAUACUAUCAACAACCAUUGGGUGUUGCUCAACAACAAAGUGCUGGCCCAGCCGACAGCAAGGCCCAAACACCAGCCCAACAACAGCCUAGCCAAGGACAACCAGGUGUUCCUCAACCAGGUGUUCCUCAACAACAAGGUGUUCCAGGACAAACCCCAGGACAAGUUCCAUACGGGUACCCAUACUACAAUUACUAUUAUAACCAACCAUUCUACCAACAAGGCUUGAACCAGAAUGGAUUCAAUAGUCCAAGUGUGGCCAAUGCUAGUGUGAGUGCUGGACAACAGCAGCCUCAAGCACAGGCUCAGGCACAAGCACAAGCACAAGCACAAGCCCAAGCCCAAGCUCCACAGCAAGUCCAGGCACAACAAGCUACUCCAAACCAGCAACCAAUUAUGCCACAGUUUGGAGGGUACCAACAAUAUCCUCAAUACGGUUACCAAGACUCCAACCAGUAUCGGGGUGCCGGAUGGUACUAAUGUAUAGGCAGUUAUAGGCAAUAUAUGGAAGGACG